CUUCCAGAUCGCCGCCGCCACCUCUCCCUCGCGCCGCCACCAGCACCACUCCUUCCGAGCGCGUGCCGCCCAUCAUCCCUCCUCUCCUCCUAUCUCGCCGCCCAUUCAUCCGAGCCCGACGACGCCAGAUCCGCGCGCAGCCCAUCGUUCCGCACCUCCCGCAGCAGAUCCAGGGCACUGCCGAACCUCACUGCCAAACCUCACUGCCGACAGAUGCACCGCCGCCCUGCAGCCUUGGCGUCGCGGCCGGCUGGCUCGCCGGCGCGCGCGUGCUUCGGUGCACGCCGCUCCGUCCAGCUAGAUCCUCGGACGGCCCCCGUCCACCUCGCGCUAUAGGGAGGGGUCCAUCGUCUCCUCGGAGGAGGGGGCGACCAUGUUUGUUGUACUCCACCCUAGAAGUCGAUCCCGGUCGUUGCUGCUUCACCAGCCUCCUCCUCUGGCAUCUCCGCAAGGGCACCCGACGCCAGGCAGGCCGUCGACGCGCUGGACCUCAAGGCCGGUUGUGCUGCUCCUUCUGCCAGCGUCCUUCCUCGACAACGUCCCCGACCUGCAUCCAGCUGCUCCUUCCCCAGCCCUCCUCAACUUCGCUCUUGGUGAGCUUCUGUAGAUGAGACAACUGACUCCAUCUGGUAGAACUGCUGCUGUAGUUUGGGUGUAGCCGCAAUUGUUGUAGGUUGGGUGUAUAGAACAACAACAUCUGAAGAUUGUUUGAUGUUCAGGGGUUCAUCUGUGUUUUACUUGUUGCUAUAUGACUUCUUGUUAAGGUAAUCACUAGGCGUAUGGUAGUUUUGCCUGGCUUUCACCAUGCUGUGGACAUUAAUCUUGCAAGGACUCUUUCAGUUAUGUCCUGUUAGGGGGACAUGGAAAUUUCAGUUAUGUCCUGUUAGGGGGACAAGCAAGUGUUCGGUGAGUCACUUAACUGAUGGAAUAAGGUGUCUAUACAAAUGCCGAAAAAUUAUGUACAAAAGUAGAAAUAGAGCUCGGCAAAGCUUGACUUCUAUAGUUCAAUGCGCGAGGCCGUCAAGGAACGAUUCAGUCAACAAGUUUUCGGAAUACAAAUUUUGUGCCCUGUACAUGACAAGCAUUUAAGAAAAAGGAGAACGGGCAACAUGGAGAAAGAUGCGGUGCUGGUGUGCAUGGUCCUGGGCUUUCUGGGCUCCGUCGCGGUCACCCUCGGCUUCGUCGCCAACAACUACAGCUCCAAGUACAACGGGAUGAACUGCGUGUACCGGAGCCCGUCGGCGACGGGUCUCGGCAUCCUGGGGGUGUUCCUGGUGUUCAUCAACCAGGUCAUCCUCGCCACCUAUGCCAGCAGCUGGUGCCUCUGCCUGUUUUGCUGCUGCCCCUGCUGGACCAAGCGCCGCCGGCUGGCGCCAACAUCGUCCAAGUGGAACCCACAUAAAGAUCUAUGUGAGCCCUCCUGGAUGGGGCUUCUGUUGGACCUCUGAUUGAGCUCCCCAUAGACUUUGACGCAAGACCCGACGAGGCCAUGAAUCUUACCUUGCUCGAGCGCAUCAACCCCGACCAUGGCACCACAUUCACAGUCUUGAGGUAGCUGUGCUGCAACUACAUCAACGCUAUCUUCUCUGACUAGAUAAGUCUCCGGUCUAUCCCAUUAUUUUCUUUUGUUCUUUGGUCGAUGGGCCAUGAUGCCAUUGUGUUGAUUCCCUAUGUGAUGCAGAAGCUAUGGUGUUUUGUUUUAAGUCUGUUGUAAAUUGUAAUUGAUAAUGAUUUGUGUAAAAUUAGUGUAGAACAUAUGUCUUGUUAUCUUAAAUCGUUCGUGUCGUGCUCAAUGAACCAUCAAAGAUUAAAUCGUUUUCUGCGUUCAACAUCUAGAACCAUUCUGGGAGUUUUGGUAUACAUGCAACAACUAUGCCUUCUUGUAUUCUGAACAACCAUUUCUGGAAGUUUUGGUAUUCAUGCAACAGCUAGUCCUUGUGGUUAUUAUGGUUACAUGUUACAUGUAGAGAUGGUUCAUAAUUUAGUCCCUAGCUGCUUUCUAUAUUUGUUUUUAUUUUGUUUCUAACUCUUCUGGUUAAUUGUUAGAUGCCUUUGUUCAGCCUGUACGGACAUAUCCAGAAAUGGUGUUUCCUCUCAUGUAAAGAGCUCCAGCUUGAAAGUGAAGAAGACUGGAGUGUAUUUGUAGUAGGUUUAUAUGUUGUGAUGGUAUCACAUGUAAUGGUGAAAUGAAUUAUGUAAAGAUUGUGCUAUUAGCCAAUAUUGGCAUGUGGUUUGAUAAUUCUCA